CACUGCUUAUCGUGAACAAGUGGUCACGUGAGCAAUAUUGAGUAAUGUCAAACAUAACAAUGCGAACAUGGCCGUGUCGUAUUACGAAAGAACAGACAGUUUUAGGGGAAGUUGCUCGGAAAAUAAUACUGUUCGAGCAAAGGAAAACGAGGCUUCAAAAACCUCGUUCCUUUCCUUUUAGCAGUGGAUUCAACAUGGUCUACAAUAUCACUUGGAUAAUUCCCAAGCUCCGUAAUCCGUCAAGACUGUGGAACAUGGCUAGUACUAUAACCUUUGCUGCUGUAGGAAUUUUCUCUAAAAUCUUUAUCGAAUGGUUUAACAAAACGACAAUUUACAACAAACACAUUAUUCAAAGGGCAUUGGAUUCUCGGCCGAAAAAUGUACCUCUUAUUACAGUUUCAAAUCAUCACAGUUGCUUUGAUGAUCCAGGUAUAUGGGCAACUCUGGACCUGAGGUAUUUGCUGAGUCGCCGAAAAGUAAGGUGGUCCCUGGCAGCACAUGACAUUUGUUUCACAAAUGUGUGGCACUCAUACUUCUUUAUGCUUGGGAAAUGCAUACCAGUCAUCAGGGGGAAUGGAAUUUUCCAGGAUGCGGUAGAUUUCUGCAUCGAGAAACUAUCCUCCGGCGAGUGGGUUCACGUCUUCCCUGAAGGCAAAGUCAAUAUGCUCAAGGAGAAUUUAAGGUAUAAAUGGGGCAUUGCAAGGCUCAUCCUUGAAUCGCCAGUGAUGCCUCUAGUCGUUCCCGUCUAUCAUCUAGGAAUGGAUGAUAUUCUUCCGAACGAGCCACCCUACAUUCUCAAAACGGGCAAAAAAGUUACAAUGUAUUACGGAGAACCAAUAGACUUUAGCGAUAUGCUAGCUGAGCUUCAAGCAACCAAAGUUAGUGAGACCGAAGCCAGAGUAUUAAUCACCAAUCGUGUUCAAGAUGAACUCAAUAAAUUACACUCAGUCGCAGUGGAGCUUCAUAACAAGAAUUGAUGCAAACUAUCGCCUAACUGCCGUAAAAAAUAUUAGCGCGAAUAUGCAAUAAUAAAGAAUUAUUGGAGUGUAACAAAAAUGAAGAGAAUUUAUCCUUCGAAGGGAGAAAUUUUUUAGUCAAAGUGACUUUUAUUGUAUUUUUAUACUAAAUGAAUGCGUCAUUCCAGAAUUUCUGCCAAAGUCUUUAAGAGUCAGUACGUAGAGCGAAACUUUUGUUGGCUUUUGAAAAAGUCUACGUACCUCGUCCACUAUUAUACAAAUCAUUAAAUUCGUCAAUGGCGCAAUUGUACAUAUAUAUGAGAAUGUGAAUAUAAUGAAUUUUUAUCAUUCGGAUUGUCCGAUGUUUAUCAAAGUGGCCAUGGCACAAAAGUCAACUAGAGAAUAUUAUAAUAGGACGAAUUAAAAUAAUUUUCGAUUAUCGACACACGAAAUAUAAGUUAACAUUUAUUAUAAAUAUUAUUAUUGUUUUGAGUAUAUUUACUGUAUAAAAUAAGAACGAAUAUUGAAGUAGUGAAUAAAUUUACUAAUACUAUCAAGUUUCAAA